GACACACGCAGGAAUAGACACAUCUCUCUCACACAGAGAGAGAGAAGAGUGGGUUGCGUACUGUCACACACACAGAGCGAGAGAGCGCCGUGCCUCUCUUCUCCACAGGAGGAGGGCAUUGAAGGCUCUGCCUGCAAAACAGGCGGGACUACAGCGAGGAGCCUCCAAAGUGAAGCCUCAGCUUUUGCUUUUUCCUCCUUUCCAGCGAGAGGGGACUGACUGGCGGGCGGGCUGGCUGCUGAGAAGGAUCCUCGCUUAAGCCACAGCCUGGCUUGAAUUGUGGUUAUUAUCCUCAUCCUCGUCGUUCAAAAGGCUUCCCGUUUCUCCCUUCAAGAAAGGAGCUUGGCUUUGGGCCACUCUGGGGACCAUCACCGCCUCCGAACUGAAGCUGAGAAGGGAGAGCGAAUCGCACGAAAUCAGGAAUAUAUUUCUCGCUAUAUAUAUACAUAAAAGAGAUCAAGAAAUCCCUUGAGGCGAGGAAUACAAAGAGAGCGAUGCCUCCAGCCACGGCACAGACCUCGACUCGUUUGUAACAGAAAGCAGUAGUUCAGGCAAGUGGCAUGAUGGCUAAGGGAGCGGAUAAUGAGAUGUGGAAUCUUUCAUCUCCAGCAUCACAAUCCCUUAAUGAUGAAGGAGCCAUGGGGAGUAAGGAAUCCAGCAAGUGCUUGCUUACAACCUCUGAAAGCGAAGUUGAUCCAGCAACAUCACUUGCCUUAGAGAUGAAAUAUGCACUGGAUCCCAACCGGCAAAUCAAGAAAAGAAACAAAGCCCUGCAGGUGAGAUUCAAAGACAUCUGCGAGGCUCAAAAUGAGCAGAGGGACAAACAACUCUCUACUUUACAACAAAUUGAUAAAAAGGAAUCAAAGUCUCUCUCUUACAGAGCAGCUUACCGGAAAUAUAUGACAGUGCCUGCCCGGAGGUCAAUCCCUAAUGUUACUAAAAGUACAGGAGUUCAGACUUCGCCUGAACUUAAAAAGUGUUACCAGACAUUCCCUUUGGACCGGAAAAAGGGAAGCAUCAUCAAAAGCAUAGCUUCUGUUGAUACUUUCCCCAGUCAAAACAAUGGAUUCUUAAUAGAUGUUAAAGAUAAGGACAGCAACAUCUCAGGGGAGGCUGCUCACUGUAGCAAGAAAGUCACUGGAUUUGUGACAGCGGAGUUUAUUUCACAUACUAAUGAACGCAUGAAUGCAAUAGAGCAGCCUUCUAGUGACAACUGUUCUGAGACAUGUAAAAGCACUGAUUUGCACAGCUGUACUAAAGAACCUCCUUCUCUUCAAAACUCAGCAGCUUCUGUUUUAGAAGAGCCUGAUUACCAGCUGCAUGACAAAGCAAAACACCACACUGGGCUGUUGGAUAGUGAGGAGGCUAAUCUAUCGACCCAUGGAAAAGUGUUCAAGACAGAAGUAGCUUCUGUCUACUUGCCUGCAUCCAGUUCACACGCCUCACAGACUGACCUGCAAAAUUCUGCAGCAGCAGGGAAUGACUGGUUUCUGUGUCCAGCCGAGGAGGACAAAAAAAGAACAGUGCAUCUUAAUGGUCUGCAAUCACAAGCCGUAAGUGCAGCUCAGGCCUGUUCAAUGCAGGCACAGUGCCAAUCAACUGAAUGUAAUGAACAGACCCUUCAAAUACAUGUGUCACCUAUGGAAGGAAAACAGCCUUGUCAGACAGCAGUUGCUGUGAGUGAAGGAUGUCAACAAAUCGUGCCUCACACAGAAGUGGUAGACUUGAAAGCACAGCUGCAGAUGAUGGAGAACUUGAUCAGUUCAAGUCAGGAAACCAUAAAGGUCUUGCUGGGAGUUAUUCAAGAACUGGAAAAAGGAGAAGCUCACAGAGAAGGAUAUUGUUACCUGGGGGAAAACCUUAUGUCGAAAUCGGACCUUGACUAUGUAAUGAAAGCAUCUUCUCAUUUGUUGAGACUUGACCCAUUAAAGCUUUCAUAUCGGACUGGUCAAGACACAUCUAACUGUGACACAUGCAGGAACAGUGCAUGUAUAAUCUAUAGUGUGGAAUUAGAUUUUAAGCAGCAAGAAGACAAACUACAGCCAGUUCUGAGAAAACUUCAUCCUAUUGAGGAAACUCAGGUUGCACCUUUGCCUUAUUCCCAGGAGAGUUACUCCUCAACUCCCAAGCAAAAAUCCAAAACUGAAUCAAAAAAGCAUGGAAGAUGGAAACUCUGGUUUCUUUAACUAAGUCCAUAAGACAUGGAAUUUAAGGCCUUCUUCAAAAACCACAUCCACACAGUGUUGUGGGAUUUUUUUAAAAAAGGAUCUUGGUCAUUUGAGCAGGUGACUGUCAGCAAUGUUACUCUAACAAUACUGAGGAAGCAUUCUGUUUUCACCACAUGUACCAAAAAAGGCCUUUGUUACCUAUGAACUAACUUUCAGGAGCAAGGUGUUAAAAGUAUGCCUUGCCAACUUUUUAUCCGAAUUUCACCAGUGUGGGAUGUAAACAAUUUUUUUAAAAAUCAGGAUAGAAAAUCAUGUUAGCAGAGGUGAAGUAAAACUAUCUUCCCCAAGUUCUUUAACCCACAAUUGUUUGUUUGUUUGUUUGUUUUUAAAGCAUCUUAAUGUCAGACUGCCAUUUUGUUCACAUCUGAAUAUAUUAGUCCAGUUAAGAUGUUUUUGUGAAGGAAAAAAGAAAGCAAGCCUUUUAAUUCCAAAGGCUUUCAUUGCACAUUUAAUUUUCCAAAAAUGCUUGGGUCGGGUAGUGCCAUUUUCAGCACAUAAAUAUCCUGAGGAAAGCACAAUAUUUUUCAUAUGGUCCAGGACCAUGAAUUAUCUUUAAGAUGUGACUAUGUGUGUAUACUUGCCUUUAUGUGCUGUAGCAUUGAGCCAAGUGAUUGCAUCUCAGUGAAAUGCUGGCACCUCUGAUUUAGUGUCAUCCUCAUUGCCAGACCUCUGCUCAUUUUUACUGGUGAGCAGCCAAAAGCCACCCAAAGUCAGGACAUGCCUUUACUCACUGAAAGUUGACAGGGUCAAAGCUAGGAGCACUAAGCUCUUUUAGAUAUCAUUUUUAAUCUGUUGGUACCCAACAGCUGAAAUCCUAUGUUCUGGCACCAUAUUUGGGGCAGGGGGAAGAAUAAAAGGGUCAGUUAACAUUCAGAUAACAGAACAUUGGCAGCUGCCACAAUUUAAUACUUUUUUGUAAUUCAGUCUUGAGAAAACACUAUACACGAUUAACACACUGUGCCAGAAAUUUUAUAAUGUGUUGUGCUUUUUAAGAGUUCACCAGAGCCUGGCAAUUUUAUUUAGUUGCGCCAUAAAACAUCCAACCAUCUUAAUUGUCAUUCAGUACUAACAAAUGAGAACACUGAAUUAAAACGUUAUGUUAAGAGUAACAUUUAAAUUUUUCAUUUAAUUAUACACUUUGGGCAUGAGCCAGCCACCAUAAAAACACUUAUAAUUCCCACCAAUUUCAAUGGAAGAAAGUUAGAGCACUUGAUUGACUUUCCCAAUAUUGGGAUUUGAGAGUAUGUAACUGUAUGGAUUAUACUCUGAAUUACUUCCUUUAAAGAAAUUAUUAUGUAAUUGCUUUCUUCUGAAAUGUUUCUGUUAUGCAAGAAUCCUCUGGUUUUUCAAUAAUUUAAAUUUCAAUAGAGUAUGUGGAAGAUACUAUGCCUAUAAUUUCAUAUCUUGGAACACUGCAUACUUUUUCCAGUAUAGCGAAGCGGCAGAAAGUGAGAAAAAUAAUGUUGGUAGAUUUGCCACCAAAAAAGCUAUUUGAAUGUGUAAUAUAUUCUGCUUACUAAUCAAACUCAUUAUUUAAGUAUUAUGGAUAAUUUAUAGACCCCAAAGCAAGCAAUCUGGUUGUUUUCUGGGAAGAAAAAUGUUUGAAUUACAAAGCUGAUGAAAAUGUGAUAAACAUGAUUGUUAUGGUCAAUGUCAAAACCUGACUUCCUAUUUAUGCUUUAAUGGGGAAAAAACCAUUUUUCUAGUAAAAUUCCAUGAGGGCUACAAAUAAUUGUGCAUAAGCAAAACGAGUUCUAAAAUAUUUUUUGGCGAAAGCAGUAGGAUGAGAAAGGCAUUACUAUGCCAUGAAGGAAAGUGCAAUUGUUUGGGGGGGGGGGGGUGUUUGUUUGUUUGUUUUGCUGAAGGGAUGGGUGGGAAAUGAAGUGUAAUGAAUUUUAUAAUGUUUUUGAUUAAAGUUCAAAUCUGUUUACAAAAGAUCCCACCAUAAAUAUUUUAGAAUCCCAAAUAUAUCAGAGCAUUAAAUAUUUUAUUUUUAUGAAAACCAAGGCAAAUCCUCAAAUAUAUACAUACAUAGACUAGAUUAAUGUUAUUGUGAUUCUGCAAAUAGCAUCUUCACAUAUAUAAGCAGCCCAGUUCCUUAGACCAUUUACUACACAGUUUGAAAACCCUCAUCUACAAAUGUCGAAGUGGGAAGUUUUCAUAUGUAGUCUGAGCUUUGUUUAUUUUUGCUGGCGACAAUACUAAAUUCACAAGCUGCUUUCAAGAUGUUCUUGAGUCCACAAAGGAGAUUGCAAUCCAAUACAUGGGUAUACAUUGGUUCAGUAAUCCAGAGCUAUACGGUCAUUAUCUUGCUCUAUCUGCCCAAUAUUAACAUGCAAACUUGGGAUAUGUGGAUUUUCAUGGUUUUGCUCUAACAGCCCUCCUUCUUACCCAACCCAGUUGACACACAAACAAUCUAAAAUUAAAAGAUAAAGCGGUGUUAGUCAGGAAUAUCGGUAUGUAAAGGGAUCUUGUAGGAUGGUAACAAAGAGCAAAACUAGUAGCGUAAUUGGUAGCAAAACUUUGUACACCAAGACUGAUUUUUCAAAGACAUUAAUUCAUAGGUUGUUGAUUCAGAGAUGGCUCGUUAUGGGGAAACAAGUGUACACAAUCUAAAAUGUACAUGAAAUACCUUCUAGUUUAUAAUCUCCUCACAACACAUUUAAUUGUUUUUGAAUCUGGGACAGAAUAAACAGCCCAUAUUCUCAUGGGUUUCUAUUCCCACACAAAGAAUAUAUUUUCCUUGUUGCCACGGAAUGUACAAGAUGAAGGCAUCAAAACUGGGAAAGACAGACAUGCUCCAAAACCAUUUUGAAGAUGAAAAUGAAACUAAUUAAAUAUUCUAUAUUUGAACAUAGUAUUUUUCCUAAUCUGCUGGCAAAUUUUAAUUUUUACAUUUCCUCUUUCAAAAGGUAAAAUACAUUUUCUCGCUCAAAAUUGUGUUAUCGUAUCAUACUAUGUAACUUGUAAUAAAAUGUUCUUUCUAAUUGUGUAAAACGUAUCAUAUUGUAUUACACUUAGGAUCACUCAGGCACAAUUUAGAAGUUUUACAGGGGAAAGAUCGCAAAUUGUAGCCAGUACAGUAUGUGAUUGAGAUGUAAAGUGAUUAUGGUUCAACUUGAAUGAAAUCAUUUUUUAAAAUGCAGGCAGAGCAUCCAAAAUAAGUGUGUCAUCACAUUCCAAUCUGGCAUAUUCCUUAAUUUGUUGCUAAAUUUGCUAGUAAUCUCAUGUGGCCCGACCACUGAUUUACUUAUAAAGACAUAUCAUGCUUUGAUUUCAUUUCUAACUAAUAAAUGCUGUAGUAAUUUUAUAUUACUUGCUAUUUUCAUACUGCAGGGACAAUAUUUUCUAAGUUUGCAUCAAUUUGCAUAAAGCAACCGUGACAUAAAUCUUUGUUUUGAAAUUAUAAGAAAACAAUCCAUGUAAAUAUCACUUAAGUUUCUUAAAAAGAAAACUUGAGACCACUGUAAAAUACUUUCUAUAGUUAGGAUAAAAUGAAAAAAUAUAAUUAAAAAUAUCAAGUAGA